AACCUCCGUUCAGGAUUCCAAAGUCCAAAACUGACGUGCAUUUUCUCUUCAGAUGGACUCUCACACCAAAACAGGGAAAGCUUACCUCCAACCACACAAAGCUGGCAAAAAAUGGAAGCCAGUGUGGUUGUCUCUGUUUCCUCACAGCAGCAGUGGAGUGGGACGACUGGAGAUCCAGGCUAUGGGAGGUGGCGCUUCUGGAGGCGAUCAUGGUUCUGGGGUCAGGAGGCACCAUCAGCCUCAAGACAGAAAUGUGAAGAUGGUCCGACUGUCAGAUCUCAUCAGCGUCCUCAGACUCCCCCCACAUGCUGAGGCCUGUCCAAUGGAGAACAUGUCGGCAUUUUGCGUGGAGACUCAGGAAAGGACGAUGGUGUUUGCUGCACUCAAAGACGACUGUGUGGACUGGGUGGAAAAACUGUGCCAAAACACGUUUCAGAGAGGCGAUGCCGCCGGCACUGAUCAGCUUCAUAUGGAGGAAAACCAGAUAUAUGCCUCAGCAAAUGAAGCAUCAGAGUUCAGGGUGGCGGUUCAGAGGACUGACGCAGCAUCACGUUGUGGCCUGCAGGGGUCAUACUUGCUGCAGGUGGGGGCAGAGGCACUGCUGCUGAAAGAAACACAGAAGAGAAGUAUCAUCAGAGAGUGGCCAUAUGAACUACUGAGGCGAUAUGGAAAAGAUAAGUCGGCCUUAACCAUUGAAGCAGGACGACGCUGUGACUCUGGUCCUGGAACAUUCAGCUUUGAAACACAGCAGGCUGAAAAAAUAUUCUCCCUGAUUCAAAUCACCAUCAAACGGAAGACAUCACCUGUUACUCUAGGCAUCCCGAACCAAGAGAGUGAGAAAUCAAUUCCCAAUAUACAAGCCCAUUCCCCUCUCCCAAAGAUACCUGAUCUGACCAGCAUAGCUGCCAUCCUGGAGAACAAUCUGAGGACACAGGAGAAGAAUUCUGCCCUUUCAGAAGGGAGUUCUCAAGAAGAUUUGCCAAGUUCACCAGAGAAUAUGUCAGCACAGCCAGCUCCUAUCACCCUCAUGCCUCUCCCAAUGAUCCCCACGGAUGUCAGCAGCUCUGUCGGCCAGCUUGGUGCACAACCAGAUGCUGUGUACGCUGACCCUGCUGACUGCAUUCAAUCUGUUCGCAAACAUCAUCCAACCACGGCUUUGUAUGUAGACCCUGCCAGUGUUCUCCCACUCAAACCUCCCAAUUCAAGGGAAUCGGUCAGUCCCCUUCCGAGCGCCUCGGCUUCAAAACCCUGCUUUGACAGCGAUCACAAAGAUCCAGUCUACUCAGAGGUCUAUGACAAAAUCAGUCCAGUGCAAGACAAACAAACUGUGAUUCAGAGUACAGCACAAAUAAAGUGUUCUGCGAACGAUGAACCCAUUUAUUCUGAGCCCAUGACCAAAAAGGAGGAGGAGACUCAUAAAAAUGUUGUAAAAACAGACCCGUUCGCCCACCUUUACGCUCAAGUCCACAAAACAAAACCAUCCCAUGGCCCUCCUUCAUCUACGACUACUGUCCCUUUGACAGGCACAGACCAUAAUGUGGAUGAUGUAAUCUACGAAAACCUGGGCAUUAUUUAAAUUAAGUAAAAACAAGCCUUGUAUGUAUUCUUGGUAAACAAUGACUGAGAAAGGACAGUCAGAGUUUAUUGUGAAAUAUUCUAACUAGUAAGCACUUCUCCUGCAUGGAGGCCUUUCUGUUGUGUAUAUUUGUUCAAAAAAACCUUGUAAAUUCAGUUUGAAAACAAAAACCAGCCUGUUCAUUAUUACAGGACUGAUCACAUUACUUCAUCACUGACUUGUUAAAGCCUUGAGUUCGACAUGCGGCAGUCAUGAUUGAUGUUCAGAUCCAAGUGACCUUAUUUGGACAAAAGAGGGAAAACAGUCUGUGCAUGUGGCUCAUUGAAGGGCUGCUGAAUAAGCCGGGAUGAUUUUCUUUUUGUGGUGGUUUCUGACCACAGCUGUUUAUUAUGAGCGAAAAGAAGGUGUCAGAGAAUAUGGACUAAAAACUGCAGUUUUUCUGGUACGAUUGCUACGCUACGGCUUCAGUUUUUAGCCACAUUCACAACCCCUUGACCAGCACCCAAAGGGGAAACAUCUACACUUUAAAGUCGCAGGACUUUAUCGGCAUAAAAGGCUACAGGGUGGUGUCCAGAUUCAUGAUAUCUGCAGACAGCUAUGUGCAGCAUCUUUUAAAGAAUGGAGCGUGAGACUGAGUUGGCGUCUGUUUCCCACAAUGACAUUGGACCGCUGACAGUUUUGUGGGAGAUUUGGGUGUUUAAUUCUGAAAUAGACUACAAAGGUCUGAUUAUCAAGUGAUGACACUUGAAUCUGAUUAUUAGACUUAUUCUGUCAGAAGACGUGAAAAGGCAUUAUACAUAAUAUCACCAUAAAUCAGUGGUGGUAACAGACACUGUUGUGAAAACUAAAAGGAGGUAUCAGUUUUGUAAAUAUAUUUUGUCAUUUUUUAACGAUCGAACUGAAUGUCUCACCCUUUUCAGUAUUUGUAUUUUUUUAGUUUUUAGUUGUUUUUAUAAAACCACAUGUUGACAUUAUAUCCAAAUUCUAUUUUUGUUUGCUUCUGAGGUUGUUUUCGCUGCAUAACUCAGAAAUGUAUGUUUUUAUACAAAUGUAUUAUAUAGUGUUUUGUUUUUUUGGUCAGUUUUGAUUUGAAUGAAUGAUGUGACGCGCUGGGCUCUGCUGCUUCAGCCUCCCCUGGUAUGAGGGAUUUUGUAGCAUGCAUUAGCUGGUGUUAGCUUUAAUGUUCAAAUUUUCAAAAAUUAAUUGCUAAGUAUUAACCAUUUCCCUCUAAGAAUCACAGCUAUAGUUAAAUCACUUUUACAAUAAAUGAUUCAAAAUAAAGUAUCUUUAGAACAGAUUUAAAAUCUUUCAUACAGUAUUUUUUUCCUGAUUGUUAAACAAGAUAUGGUAUUUUAUCUUUUGGCACAUGUGUUUUAUGUAAAUGUUUCAUCUUGAUCGUGAUUUUUUCUUUUUGUUGACCCGAGUUUGUUAAAGUAAACACAUUUCAAGGACGGACAAAAUGUCUUUUAGAUUCUAAUGAUGUCAGAGAUGUUUGUGAACAUGCUGAGCUUUCAUUUCCUGUUCUCUUUGAACCCUAAUAUAAAAAUGAUUAUCUUGUA